AUGGCCGACAACUUCAAGGCUAUCGUCAAAAACGCCGACAUGCCUGAAGAAAUGCAGCAAAAGGCGGUAGAUUACGCGAAGGAGGCGAUAGAACAGUGUAGUAUGGAGAAGGACAUCGCCGCACACCUAAAAAAGAAAUUCGACAAGGAGUACUCUCCAACCUGGCAUUGUGUGGUUGGCCGUAAUUUUGGCAGUUAUGUAACCCACGAGUCGAAGAACUUUAUCUACUUCUACAUGGGCCAGGUCGCAAUCCUCCUCUUCAAAUCAGGCUGA